AUGGCAGAAUUGGCAGUCAGCGACGACAACAGCCAGACGAGUUGUCCUGCCCGUAUUUCAUUUCUUCCUGUCAAUGAACCGGGAUCUCCCCCCCGGUUGAGAAGACGUCGGGCAGAGAUAUCCUGCGAGAAAUGUCGGAGACGCAAGUCGAGGUGUGAGGUUCCAGAUGGCCAAUCCAAGGCUUGUCUACGAUGUCUAAGGGAAGGCGAAACCUGUGACUUCCGGCCUGUCAAAUACAGGCGCAGAGGAACAGCCCAACCUCUGUCACCAGCCGCCAGAACGAACCUCGCCGCGCGUCGCGCGUCAACGUCGGCAGUCAACGAUCAACCGGCCGGCUAUGCGAUGGAACCCGCCGGACCAGAGCACGCACCACGUGUAGAAUCAGGGCCAAACCAGCAGCCAUGGCUCGAUGUUGUCGCAGCACAAGGCGAGACACCAUACGAGCUUCGCUCCGACAAUCAACAAGCUCCCACACAGGCGCUGCAUCCCGCAGAUCCUCAUGACAGCCCGGUGACCUCAACGGAUGGCGCGGCGAGGAGGUUGGACUCGAGGACAAGGAUCAUCUCGACCCAAGUCGAUAAUCCCGCCCAUGCUCUCGACCUCCUCACGUUUGCUGCGAGCGAGGAGCAGCAUUCUGCAGGGUUUCCACCUCCAGAGCAAGGUGGCGCAGCAGAGAACUUGGCGGGGAGCAUCUCACAAGAAGACAACGCGCGACCGGACGGUCUUCUCGAGCACGAUUUCCGAUGGCAUUAUUUCAAGUUUGUUCAACAACGACUCAUCGCGGUACACGAGGCUAUCGAGUUUAUCGAUUUCUUCUUCUCUUGCUUAUGGCCACUCAGGCCUGUGGUGCCGGCAUACUACAACGACCGAUCCAAGUACGUCCUGCUUGCGGUGGAGGAACCAGUGCUGCUAGAAGCAAUGAUCACACUGGCUUCACGAUAUCAUGUCCUCAGCGGCAACCAUGGUCAGAUUAGGUCUGAACGGAUACACUGGGGGGCAUGGAGAUCCCUUCAGAAAUGCUUGCAGUCGGCAAUGUGGGGUUCGACCAAGACGAGGUCGCUGGGGACAAUCGCCUCCAUGUUACUGCUGAUCGACUGGCAUACCAAGGCCAUCAACAAUCCGGGCGCCUUCUCUUCUGAAGAUGACAGCUUCGUGUGUGAUAUGCCGCCAGAAAUGCCGGAAAGUGACUCCCAAGCAAGUCCAACCAGCUUGAAUAGCAAGCAGAGGCACGGAAUGACAGCUCGUCUGGAGAACCUCGGUAUCACGUUUUCUGCAUACCGAAGCAACAAGAUGUCUUGGAUGCUCCUUGCCAACGCCAUCGCGCUGGCACGGGAAGGUUGCUACUUCGAGGUCGAGACUCGGGGCCUCUUGGAUUCCGUUAACAACGACAAGACGGCCAACCGGGACUGGGCCCAUGUCAUAUGCGUCUUCAUCUACCUGGCCGAUGAACACCUGGCACUCCGGCUAGAUCUGGAGCCCUUACUGCCCGAGUCGUCAAGGAAGAUUGUCGUUGACAGGCUCUCCAAGAUGUUCACCCGUGCGCUGCCAGAGAAGGAACACUGGGAAAGCUACUUUGAACUAACAGAGGAGAUGCGAAAGGCUCGAGAAUAUCUACACGAGCUCAAGCAGACGGCUUCGAGACCCUACAGCUAUGACUUGGUGCCUGUCCUCGAGUAUACGCAAAGGAGGUUGGAACGCUGGAAACGCCAGUUUGAAAGACUUGAGUUCGGAUAUGCCGUGAUUUACAGUCUAUCCCCCGUCGGAUACAUCACAGUCCCCGAGAACAUCAUGGCAACUUCGAACGUUCAGAGUCUUCGGCAUGAGACGAUACAAGCCGCUCGCAACCUAUUGUCCUUGGUGUCUGGUGCACUGGACUCAUCUGGUAUGCUGCAGCACAUUCCAGUGCGUUGCUGGGUUUUCACAAUGGCUGCUUCGUUGCAUUUGCUGAAGGAAACACUCCGUCACGAGCCCAAUGUCACAAAUCAAGACCCGGAUAUGCAGCUACUUCGGAGAGCCGUUGAAGCUCUGCGUCGCGGUGCUCCAGAUGAUGUCCAUACUGCAGGUCGAUACUCCCGAUUUAUUAGCAUUCUGCUGGAUGCAGUGCUGAGGCCAUCCUCAAACAGAGCGGAAUCUCAGGAAGAAGCCGCUAGUCUCGCGCAAGCCACGCCAAGGGCUGCUAGAAUUUCCGACUUGAUCGAUGUCAACGCGGCUUUUGACUUGCCGUUGAAUGAUGUGACGUGGUGGAAUGACGCAUGGAGCAUCUUUUAG